UUGGUCACUGGACCUCGAGUGGAAAGCCGGCCAAAAACCCUCUUCCCCCUCUGCCGUGCACUGAACACACGACUAGCACACGCGGCGACCACCGUGUGGGAGAAGCGCGAUGCCGUCCGCAGUCCCUUCCGCCGCGCUUCUUCUCCUCGUCGUCCUCUCGGCCGAGGGGCAGCCGUUCAAGGGCCUCGUGCCCAAGAACGGGAGCGUGGUCUUGGUCGGCAGCAACGUCACCGCGACGGCCGGCGCGGCAGCGAUGUGCUACCAGACGAGCGCAGUCGAAGAAAAAGCCAAGCAGAACAAGGCGGCCCUCGACGUGGCCCCUCUCGCCGUGUGCCUCGACGACGACCUGUUGCUGCCGGGGGAGCUGCUGCUCAACGGCGCGGGCUCAGUGCCGUCAGCGCGCCAGUCCGCGCCUACACCUGGAGCAUCUCCUGCAGAUGCAGAUAAGAAGGGCUUGAGCGGGCGAGCAAAGGCAUGGUGUUUCUGGGCCCUCGCCGUGGCGGCGACGGCCGUCGUUUUCGUUGUGCGGCCAGAAACGUUCCUGGUCUCGCGCAUCGGCCCCAUCUCCACUGAUGACGACGUGCCAGUGGUCGACGGCGAUGGCGAGCUCUUCGACUGCGCCAUCUGCAUGGAGACGGUGCCCGGCGUCCGCAAGUUCAGCGUCAGCUCGUGCGGCCACGCCUUCUGCUCGGGCUGCGUCGUCCGGUACGUCGCGGCUAAGCUGGGCGAGAACGUGCCUCGCGUCAAAUGCCCCGACCCCGGCUGCGAGGAGGGCGCCGUCGAGCCGGAGAGCUGCUUCGGCGUCAUCUCCUCGGACCUGCUCGACAAGUGGGGUUUCCUGCUGUGCGAGUCCGCGCUCGGCGCCAAAAGAGUGUACUGUCCCUACAGAGAAUGCUCGGCGCCCCUUCUCGCCGACGCUGAGGCCGGCGCGGCGGCGAUCGCGGAGGCCGAGUGCCCGCACUGCCACCGGCUGUUCUGCGCCCGGUGCGCGGCGCCGUGGCACGCCGACGUCGGGUGCAGGGAGUUUCAGGAGCUCGGGCAGGACGAGCGCGGCCGGGAGGACCUCUUGCUGAGGCGGCUCGCCGGACGGCAGAGGUGGCAGCGGUGUCCCAAGUGCAAGAUGUACGUGGAGAAAUCGGAAGGAUGCAACUACAUCAAAUGCAGGUGUGGAUACAGCUUCUGCUACAGAUGUGCAUUCAAGGUGUCCGCGCGAACCCAUUUCUGCAACAAGUGCAAGCGCUAACGAUUUGCUUGCUUAUGCAUCCAAGUUCCAAGGCGGCUUUCACCAAGGCACACAUACUGAGCUCUAUUUAUUAACCAGCUACUAAUGCAUCGCUUCACCUUGGUCAUGUUUAUCUCAAUCGCAAGAUGGAAAUCUAGGCAUGAUAUAGAUACCUUACUUAAUCAGGUUUUACAGAACUGUACUUAAUCAGGUUUUACCGAACUACGAACAUAAUCUUCUUCACUC